GCGUGGUGCGUCUCGAGUGACGGAGUGAGUGCUAGUGUUCCGGUUCCCAGUGCUUCAGUGCUUCUUUACUGAAGUGACUGUUAAAGUGUUAACGGUGAUAAGUAAGAAUAACUGAAUAAGUACUGAUGGCGGCCGCAUCGCCGUCAUCACGAGGAGAAUCAGUGGGGUUAACUAGUCUCUCUAGUGAGCCUGAGUUUCGGUCACCCUGGCCAUUCCUUGACCAGUGGGUGCGAUAUAAGAAGAUGGUUGGUAACAGCUACGUCUUCGAUUGCUUGCCCUGCCUCCCCAAGACCACAGAGUUGAAGGUGAGCAAGAGCACCAAGGCCAACCUGAAGAGCCACUUCAGGAGGAUGCAUCCUGCUACGGCAAUAAAGUUUGAUGAAGCAUGCUCGGCCAACCAAGGCACUGGUGGCCGCACCAGGAGAAGGUCUGACCAGUCAGAUGAUGACAGCAGUUCAACCAGUAAAAAGACGCGGCACAUGUCCAUCGUUGAGACCUUUGGCACCGUGCCCCAGGGCAGUGGCGUCCUGCAGUCCGCCAUCGACAAGACAAUCGUCAGGUUUGUGGUGGACAACAUGUUACCGCUACAGACUGUAGACAGCCAGAGCUUCAAGGACAUGGUCCACACUCUCAACCCUAGUGAAGAAGUACCCUCCAGGAGGACGCUGGGUAGAAGGAUCAUCAAAAUCUAUGAGGAGAUGAAAGAGAGCCUCACCAGCAAUCUGGAGCAAGUCCAGUGGGUGGGGACUACAGCUGACUGCUGGUCAACUAACAAAAAGGGCUACCUGGGUAUGACUGUGCACUGGCUGGACCCAAUCACCAGAGACAGGAAGAUGGCUGUCCUGGCCUGCAAGAGGAUCAUGGGGAGCCACACCCAUGAUGUACUGGGCCAGGUCAUGGAGAACAUUCACAGCCAGUUCGGAAUAGAGGCCAAAGUCACCAUGACAACAACAGACAAUGCUGCCAAUUUUCAGAAGGCAUUUGUCCAGUUUUCCUCUGACUUUAAUGUCCACCAGAAAGAGGAGGCUUGCGUUCCUAAAGCUGAGGAUGAGCCUGCUGAUGCCCACCUAGAGGAGCUCAUCGCUAACCCGGAAGAGAGCCAUGAGAACGUAGACGUGGAGUUCAUCACAAUUGAUGACAUGGAGGAGGACAGCAUCAUCAAACUGCCCAGGCACCACAUGUGUGCAGCGCACAUGCUAAACCUGGUUGCCAGUGCUGACAUAGAGAAUCACAUGCCUGGAGAGUUCAAGAAGGUCUACCGAAGCACCAUUGCCAAGGCCCAGGCACUGUGGAACAAGCAGGGAACAAGUACCGUGUUUGCGGAUAGCCUGUACAAGGCUAUAAACAGGCUACUCACUGUCCCCACCAAAACAGGAUGGAACAGCCUUUACGACAGCCUGGUGGUCCUCAACAAAGUGCUGGCGGAUAAGAAAGAACAGCUGCUCAGGUGCAUGAACCAACAGAGGAACCUGACAGUGUUUGUCCAGAAGGACAUUGACUUCAUGUUGGAAUAUGCUAAGGUCAUGGCACCAGUCGCCAGUGCGCUGGAUCACAUCCAGGGAGAGAAGCAGUGCUACCUUGGCUGCCUGAUCCCCACCAUCAUUGUGACCAAGAAGAAACUGGUCGCCUUGAGGACCAGCGGCAACCUCCGGUUCUGCGAACCCUUGGCCAAAGCCCUUCUCGCUGCCAUGGAGAGGAGGUUUGCCGCCACCUUAGAGGACGAGGAGUGUCUUCUGGCCACUGCCUUCCAUCUCAAGUUCCGCCUCAAGUGGAUGGGGACUUUUGUAUCAGGAUCAGAAGAGAGGACAGUCAAGAAGUCGGAAAUUCAGUCCCUGAUGGAGACGAAAGUGGAGGAAUAUUUAUUGCGCAGUGAAAGGAAGACCGAAAACACUAGCAGCAGCGAGGAAUUGGAGGCUGGAGAUUAUUAUGCCAGUAUUUGUGAUGAGGACACUGGGUGUCAUUCCAAGUCAACAAAGUCAAGAGCUGCUCAUAUUGUGAAAACAUGGCUGGAAGGCAAAGGGACCGAGAGCCUAGCAGACCCAGCCUUUAACAGCGAAAGUGUUCUGAUCAACCUCUUCUUGAGAUAUAAUACUGCGAUGCCGAGCAGCACCGCGGUGGAGCGUCUGUUUUCUCUUGGGAAGGACAUCAUGAGGGCCAAGAGGAGCUGCUUGUCUGAUGAUAACAUGAAUAUGCUGAUGUUCACCAAAGCCAACAUGAGCAUGAGGAUGCCACGUAACACUGAAAUCAAGGCAAAAGUGAGGGAUGUGGCAAAGCUACAUGAGGUAGCUGCUGACCUGUCCCAGAGCAACGGGGAGGUGCUGGAGCAAGAGGACACAUUCUUCAAUAGUCAACAGGGGAGACUGAAACUAAGAAUCAUAAAGGGCAAGAGGGAAGAAUUGAUUUACUAUGAGAGGCCAGACAAGGAGGGUCCAAAAUGUAGCGACUAUGUGAAGGUAGAAAGGCAACCAGGGGGGCUCAGCAAUGACAUGAAGCUGUUACUGAGUCGUUCGCUGGGGGUCAAGGGAACUGUUAAGAAGACCAGGACGCUGUACAUGGUGGGCCAGACCAGGGUACAUGUGGACAAGGUGGAGGGGCUUGGGGACUUCAUGGAACUAGAGGUGAUGCUGAGGGAUGACCAGUCUUUGGAGGACGGGGAGAAGAUUGCUACUGACCUGCAGGAGAAGCUUGGCGUCAAGCCGGAGGACCUGCUCACCGGAGCCUACAUGGACAUGAUCUUGAAGCAGUGACAUUGAAAGUGAAUGAUCUGUUUGUGGUGUGCUUUCAUGAUGGCUGCUAAUGGAUCUCGUUCACCCAAGGAAACUAACAUUAAGUGUACUAGCUUUUUUAAUUAUUGUGAUUCUUGAUGGCUGCGUUUGAAAUCUUACCCAUCACAGUGAGAUAUUGUCAAUGCUAUGUUUUUAUAUGUAAUGUUUCAACAAUAAAGAUGUUGAAUUGAA